AUGAAUAGAUUAGAAGAAGCUUUGAGCAACUCUGAUUUAGCAAUUUAGAUAAAUCCAAAUGAGUCAAUGUAUUUUUUCAAUAAAGGUAUAAUUAAAAAAGUAUUGUUUUAAGCUAAUACAUUAAAUACAAUGAAUAGAAUAGAAGAAGCUUUAGAAAAUUACUAAUUUGCUAUUCUGAAAAACCCAUAAAAUGGGAGGUAUUAUCAGAACAAAGGUAUAAUUACAUAAAUCUAAAUUCAAAGCUCUUACUUUAGCUAAAGUGAACAGAUUAGAAGAAGCUUUGCAAUAUUCGAAUUUAGCAAUUGAAAAAAACCCAGAAGAUUCUGACUAAUACAAUUGCAAAGGUAUUGUUAAUUGCCUAAUUUUUUAGCUUAUAUUUUAGAGAAAAUGGAUAGAUUAGAAGAAGUUUUGGAAACUUAUGAUUCAGCAAUAUAGAAAAGGCCUGAAAAUUCUUAUUAUUACUACAAUAAAGGUAUAAUUAAUUAUAGAUAAUUACUUAGCCAUCAUUUUAGAUAAAAUGAAUAGAUUUGAAGAAGCUUUGAAACUUUAUGAUUCUGCAAUUUAGAAAAACCCAGAAAAUUCUGACUAUUACAACAACAAAGGUAUAAUUAAACAAGUAUAAUACCUAGCAAAUACUUUAGAAAUAAUGAACAGAUUUGAAGAAGCAUUGGAAAAUUAUGAUCUAGCAAUUACGUAAAACCCAGAAAAUUCUAUAUACUACAACAACAAAGGUGACAUCUGUCUAAUUUCUUAGCUUAUAUUUUAAAUAAAAUAAAUAAGUCAGAGCAAGCUUUAUAAAAUUAUGAUUCAGCAAUUUAAAACUAACCAGAAAAUCCUACGUAUUACUUCCAUAAAGGUAAAAAUUCAAUUUCCUUAGCUAAUGUUUUAAUUAAAUUGAAUAGAUUUGAAGAAGCUUUGUAAAACUAUAAUCUCGCAAUUUAGAAAAGUUCAGGAAAUUCUUAGUAUUACGACUGCAAAGGUAAAUAUUUAAUAUUACUUAGCUUGUACGUUAUAUAAAAUGAAUAGAUUAGAAGAGGCUUUGGAAAAUUUUGAUUCAGCAAUUUCAAAAAACCCAGAAAAUUCAAUCUAUUACUCGAACAAAGGUGUAAUAAUUAUAUCUAAUUCUUAGCAUGUGCUUUAGAAAUAGCAAACAGAUUAAAAGAAGCAUUAGAAAAUUGGGAUUUAGCAAUUUAGAAAAACCCAGACAUUUCUGACUAUUACAACAACAAAGGUAUAAUUCAAUAUGUAUGAUAUCUUAGCAAAGACCUUAACUAAAAUGAAUAGGUUUGAAGAAGCUCUGGAAAAUCUUGAUUAAGCAAUUAAGAUAGACCCAGAAAAUUCUGACUAUUACUUCAGCAAAGGUGUAAUUUAUUCAUAAUUACCUUAGCUAACACUUUACAUUAAAUGAAUAGAAUGGAAGAAGCCUUGGCAAAUUAUAAUACAGCAAUUUAGAAAAACCCAAAUAAUUCGAUGUUUUAUAUUAACAAAGGUAAUAUUAAAUAUAUCUAAUUUCUGAGCUUAUUCUCUAUUUUGCUUAUUUAGAUAGGACUCUUUUAAAGAAAAGAAUAGAUUAUUAGAGGCUUUAGAGAAUUUAGAUUUUGCUAUUUAGAUAGAUCCAGAAUUUUCUGAAAGUUACAACUAAAAAGGUUUAAUUUCUUAUGCACAACUAUUUAGCAAUUGUUUUAAAUAAAAUGAAUAGAUUAGAAGAGGCUUUAGAAAAUUUUGAUUCAGCAAUUUCAAAAAACCCAGAAAAUUCAGACUCUUUCAACAAUAAAGGUGUAUAUUUACGAUCAAUUCAUUCUUAGCCUAUUGUUUACUUUGUAUGAACAGAUUGGAAGAGGCUUUGGAAAAUUAUGAUUUAGCAAUUUUGAUUAAAUCAAAUAAUUCUGACUUUUAUAACAAUAAGGGUAAUAUUUACUAUCAUAAUAAUUAGGAAUUGUUUUAGAUAGAAUGAAAAGGUUUGAAUAAGCUAUAAUAAAUUAUGAUUCAGCAAUUGAGAAAAACCCAAAAGAAGCAUUGUAUUAUAUAAACAAAGGUAUAAAUACAUUAAUCUAAAUUAUUAGCUUCUACUUUAGAUAAAAUGAACAGAUUAGAUGAAGCUUUGGAAAAUUAUGAUUUAGCAAUUCAAAACAACCCAGAAAAUCCAGAUUAUCACAAUCGCAAAGGUAGAAUUUAUUAUCUAAUUUUUAGCUUGCAUUUUAUAUAAAAAGAAUAGAUUAGAAGAAGCUUUGGAAUUUUAUGAUUCAUCAAUUUCAAAAAACCCAGAAAAUUCUGACUAUUACAGCAAUAAAGGCAUAAUUAUAUAUAAUAUCCUAGCAAAUACUUUAUCUAAAAUGAAUAGAUUAGAUGAAGCUUUGGAAAAUUAUUAUUUGGCAAUUUAGAAAAACCCUGGAAAUUCUGAUUAUUACUACCACAAAGGUGUAAUUUAUGAUGCAUAAUAACUUAGCAAUAGUUUUAGAUAAAAUGAAUAGAUUGCAAGAGGCUUUGGAAUUUUAUGAUUCUGCGAUUUAGAAAAACCCAGAACAUUCUGACUAUUACAACAAUAAAGGCAUAGUUAUAUAUAAUAUAUAAGCAAAUACUUUAACUAAAUUGAAUAGAUUAGAUGAGGCUUUGGAAAAUUAUCAUUUAGCAAUUUAGAAAAACCCAGAAAAUUCUCUCUAUUACAACAACAAAGGUAUAAUUAAAUAUUUAAAAUAUCUUAGCAAUUGCUUUAGAGAUGAUGAACAGAUUAGAAGAAGCCUUGCAAAAUUAUGAAUUAGCAAUUAAGAAAAACCCAAAUAGUUCUGAUUAUUACAACAACAAAGGUUUAUUAUUAGUAAUAUCUUAGCAAUCACUUUAAAUAAUAUGAAUAGAUUAAAAGAGGCAAUAAUAAAUUAUCAUUUGGCAAUUGAGAAAAACCCAGAAAAUUCUGACUAUUACAACAAUAUAGGCAUAAUUAUAUAAAGAUCUUAGCAAAUACUUUAACUAAAAUGAAUA